AUAUUUAGUGGUGAAUAUGGUAGUGAAACAGAAAAUAAGUUAGAAUUUGAAGUCAAUCAAAUUAAAGAUAGAAAAGAUCGAGUAUCGCUGGCUAAGUAUAAAUGGAAUAACAGUCGUGUUCUGUUACAACAUGCGUGUAAUCAGUUAGCUCUGGCUGUACGAAGAUGGUAUGAUCUACCACAACUAAGUGCUCAAAAUGUUCAACAUAAAUAUCAAAUGGCAACUGAAUGUAGAAAUAACUUAAUAGCAGCCAGUCAAAAUAUAACCAGUGCACAACGUUAUUUAUCUAAUAUCAAAUUUCCAUAUUGUGAACGAUCAGAAAUUGAUACUUUAAACAGGGCCUGUAAUAAUAUCUAUGUUGAUAUGCAGACCCCUGAUAGACAUCACCAUGCUUAUCAAUGUUAUAGUGUGACACAUAAACGUGCUGCAGCCCUGUUACAGUGGUUUAACAAUGUAAUUGAAAGUACAAUAGAUAAAGAUGUCAAACAAUUAUCAGAGUUAUAUAACAAAAAAUCUACAGAAUUACGACAGGAGAGAUUGAGAUUAAUCAAAGAAAGAAUGGGAGAUAAAUUUGGUGAUCUCGGAAUGGCUGAAGGAGCACCAUCUCAAACAAAACAGAAUGAAAUGGUACAAGAAGAAGUGGUCCAACCAGAUUUGGUGAAAACUGAAGAUGGCAAGGUGAGAGAAAUGGAUUAUUUAAUUAAUACCCUGACACCUGAUGAAGCCUCACCUAGUGCUCCUACUCCUCUACCAUUGGAAGAAUUGGCUCCAGCUCCAUCAACAGAGGAACUCUUUGGUAACAUUGAACAAUUGAGAAAACAGCAUGAACAAGAAAUGAAAGAAUUUGAAAAAGCUCAGGAAAUGAAUAAAGCGAGAAUGGAGCAAGGUUUACAAGAUAAAUUAAGAGAGAGAAGAAUUAGACGCGACAGAAAAACAGAAAGUUAA